AUGAUUCUUGUCGGGAUAUCAAUUCUUUGGAUUCCAGUUAUUCGAGCAGCACAAAGUGCAAGAUUAUUCGAUUAUAUUCAAGCUGUUUCACCAUUUUUAGCACCUCCAGUUGCUGCGUGUUAUUUACUCGGGAUUUUAUGGAAACGAAUCAAUGAAGAAGGAGCAUUUUGGGGUUUGAUAUGUGGCUUAUUUAUUGGAAUAAUUCGAUUCAUUUGGGAAUAUUCUUAUAAUGCAAUGCCUUGUCAACUCGAACAUCUAGAUAGGCGUCCAUCAGUAGUUCGAUUUAAUUUUCUGUAUUUUUCAGUUCUUCUUUUCAUAAUCUCUGGUAUUGUAACCAUCGUUGUCAGUCUUCUGACAAAACCUAUUCCAGAAAAAUAUAUAUCCGGUUUAACCAUUUUUGAUCUUGAUAAUCCAGAAAAAGCAAUUGAAAUUCCUACUCGACCUGGAUGUAUGCAUGAAGCAAACACAUAUUAUGAUGAAGAACAACCUUGUCCCUUCGAGAAUUCAUCUUCAUAUCAUAUCGAUCAACCUCCUACUGAAACUGAAAGGAAAGCUUUACAUUUUUUCGAAACAGGUAUCGAUAUCAAAUCUUUUUCUUUCCAAUCAAGGAAAUCUUUUCUUUCAGGCGAUUCCAUGGGAAUUGUUUUUUAUUUAAAAACUGCCUUUGUUUGGAUUUGUGGUUUGGAAAGACCCGAUAAACUCGAUAGUCAAUCAACGUGUUCGGAUAGUCAUCCACAGGAUAAUACCACUAAUCGACGAAAUAGCACUUCAAUUCAUGAGGAACAUGUUUCAUCAUGGCAUAAAGAAUGUUCCUAUGUCGCAAUUAUUAUGCUUGCUCUAUCUGCUUUUGUCUGGGCUUUUUUUACUGAUUAUCGAAUACGACUAAAUUAG